AUGCCAUCUAGUAAAGCUCCAGGACCCGAUGGCUUUCCGGCUGAAUUCUACCGCGCAUCGUGGGAUAUCAUGAAACAAGACUUUGUAAUAGCAGUUCAGUCCUUCUUCAUGUAUGGCUUUCUGCCUAGAGGCGUUAAUGCAACAAUACUGACGCUUAUACCUAAACAUGGGGAUGCUAAGGAGAUCAAGGAUUAUCGGCCUAUCAGCUGCUGCAAUAUCUUAUACAAAGUGAUCUCUAAAAGAUUCUCGCAAACAGGCUCAAGUGAGUGUGGCCUGCGACAAGGAUGCGCUUUGUCUCCGUAUCUAUUCGUCACUGCCAUAAAUGUGUUGUCACUAAUGAUCAAUAAGGCGGCUUUCUCUCAGCGUAUCGGGUUUCACCCUUCCUGCAGUAAGGUAACCUUAACACACUUAAGCUUUGCGGACGACCAUAUGAUCUUCACUGAUGGUUCAGCUGCUUCACUGAGGGGUGUGUUUGAGGUCCCAUCAGAUUUCGCAAGCAUCUCCGGCUUGGUGAUAAACCCAGCAAAAUCUUCUAUUUUCAUGGCAGGCCGUAUUACUCAAGACUUUAAGGAUGAGGUUCUACGUCUAGGCAUACCAACAGAGUCCCUACCUGUGAGAUAUCUCGGUCUCCCUCUCACCACGAAAACAAUGACUAGAACAGAUUAUCAACCAUUGAUUGAUCAGAACCGCACGCGUCUUGUGUCGUGGUCUAGUCGUUCUCUAUCCUAUGCGGGUCGUCUCCAGCUUGUUAGAACAGUCAUUGGCAGUAUUACAAACUUCUGGUGCUCUGUAUUUCGUCUUCCCAAGAGAUGUCUGAAUACCAUUGAAGGGAUGUGUGCUGCAUUCUUAUGGUCUGGGUCACCAAAUACGCAUACAAAGGCAAAGGUUUCUUGGGAUGAUGUUUGUAGACCUAAGAAUGAGGGAGGUUUGGGCAUAAGACGUCUCACAGACACUUCACGAGUCUUUGCGCUUAGCUUGAUAUGGCGAUUGCUCACUAAUUCUGGUUCUCUGUGGGUAGCUUGGGAGAAGGCUUAUUUGCUGCAUUCUCAUAGCUUUUGGGACGUCAGUGACAAGUAUGAAGGAUCAUGGAUAUGGCGCAAGCUGUUGAAACUUAGGGACCACGCUGCUUCGUUUUUAUGGUCUGAGAUAGGUAAGACCAUUUUAUUCUGGUUUGAUAACUGGCUUAGAGUUGGAAGGCUUCUAAAUAUUACAGGAGAUAUAGGAACACAAGUUUUCGGCAUUCCUCGCUAUGCGACGGUCUCAGAAUUGGCCUCUGGGGGACAAUGGAACAUUCGUCAGUGUUGUGGCUAUCACCUACGCGCGAUGAUAGCCUGCAUCAACUCUGUUCCAGCUCUGGCGGAGGACGCAGUGAUGUUAGGAGUUUCAAGUCUCCUUAAACAAAUGUUGUAG